AUGGAGUGGCCAAGGCAGGAUUCCUCCUUGCCCAGAAAGGAUGCCUGGACUCAAACUUCCCCAGCCAGGAAGAGGAUCAGUUAUGCUCAAGUCCAGGGUGCAGGUCAGCUGAAGCUGUCAAUUGAUGCCCAGGACCGGGUUCUGCUGCUCCACAUCAUAGAAGGCAAAGGCCUGAUGAGCAAAGAGCCUGGCGUCUGUGAUUCCUAUGUGAAGGUUUCUUUGAUUCCUGAAAAUAAUCGACCAUGCCAUCAGAAGACGCAGACCAUUCCAGACUGCAGAGACCCAGCUUUCCAUGAGCACUUCUUCUUUCCUGUCCAAGAAGAGGACGAUCAGAAGCGUCUUCUGGUUACUGUGUGGAACAGGGCCAGUAAGUCCAGACAGAGUGGACUCAUUGGCUGUAUGAGCUUUGGGGUGAAGUCUCUCCUGGCUCCGGACAAGGAGAUCAGUGGCUGGUACUACCUUCUGGGGAAGGACCUGGGCCGGACCAAGCACCUGAAGGUGGCCAGGCGUCGACUGCAGCUCCUGAGAGACCCGCUGCUGAGAAUGUCAGGAAGUGGGGACACUGAGAAUGGUGAGAAACUCAAGAUCACCAUCCCGAGGGGGAAGGACGGCUUUGGCUUCACCAUCUGCUGUGACUCUCCGGUUCGAGUCCAGGCUGUGGAUUCUGGGGGCCCGGCAGAGCAGGCAGGGCUGCAGCAGCUGGACACAGUACUGCAACUGAAUGAGAGGCCUGUGGAGCACUGGAAAUGCGUGGAGCUGGCACACGAGAUCCGGAGCUGUCCCAGUGAGAUCAUCCUGCUUGUGUGGCGCAUGGUCCCCCAGGUCAAGCCUGGGCCAGACGGCGGGGUCCUGCGGCGUGCCUCCUGCAAGUCAACACAUGACCUUCUGUCACCCCCCAACAAACGGGAGAAGAACUGCACCCAUGGGGCCCAGGCACGGCCUGAGCAGCGCCACAGCUGCCACCUUGUGUGUGACAGCUCAGAUGGGCUGCUGCUUGGUGGCUGGGAGCGCUAUACUGAGGUGGCCAAGCGUGGGGGCCAGCAUACCCUGCCUGCUCUGUCCCGUGCCACUGCCCCCACCGACCCCAAUUACAUCAUCCUGGCCCCGCUGAACCCUGGGAGCCAGCUGUUGCGGCCUGUGUACCAGGAGGAUACCAUCCCCGAAGAAUCAGGGAGUCCCAGUAAAGGGAAGUCCUACACGGGCCUGGGGAAGAAGUCCCGGCUGAUGAAGACGGUCCAGACCAUGAAGGGCCAUGGGAACUACCAGAACUGCCCAGUCAUGAGGCCACAUGCCCCGCACUCAAGCUAUGGCACCUAUGUCACCCUGGCCCCCAAAGUCCUGGUGUUCCCUAUUUUUGUUCAGCCUCUAGAUCUCUGUAACCCUGCCCGGACCCUCCUGUUGUCAGAGGAGCUGCUGCUGUACGAGGGGAGGAACAAGGCUGCCCAGGUGACACUGUUUGCCUACUCGGACCUGCUGCUCUUCACCAAGGAGGAUGAGCCUGGCCGCUGCAACGUCCUGAGGAACCCCCUCUACCUCCAGAGCGUGAAGCUGCAGGAAGGUUCCUCAGAAGACCUGAAAUUCUGUGUGCUGUAUUUAGCAGAGAAGGCAGAGUGCCUAUUCACUUUGGAAGCGCACUCACAGGAGCAGAAGAAGAGAGUUUGCUGGUGCCUGUCGGAGAACAUCGCAAAGCAGCAACAGCUGGCAGCCUCGCCCCUGGAGAGCAAGAAACUCCACCCUUACGGCUCUCUCCAGCAGGAAAUGGGGCCAGUCAACUCAACCAAUGCUACCCAGGAUAGAAGCUUUACCUCAUCAGAACAGACUCUGAUUGGCUGAGCAAACCCAAGGGCGGGACUCUGCUUCUGGCAACUUAACCCUUUCUUGGGCAUCCCCUACCACACAGUAACCUCACCUCAACUGGAUCCAAAACAGAGGACCAAGAUGGUGGGCCUAUGGUCAUCUGAAGGGAGUGGUCCCAAGGAUGUGUGUAGACUGGCAACAGAAGGAGCACAAUGGUGUGAGAGGCUCUGUGGUCACGAGCAGACUGGCAGCAGAAAGUCCCAAAUGGAGAAGACUCAGAAGCUUAUUCCCUCCAAGAAGAAGGCCAAAUAGCAUCUGGGACUCCAGUGGCAGUUCCAGCAUCUGCCUUGGGGGCAGCAGGCGAGGCUAGCGGAGAUCACCCCCAAUGGAGCACAAUGCCAUGAUCCACUGCUGCCGGAAGAUAUCUCCAUCCUUUCACUCAUUUUUCAUCUGGACACAUUCACUCAUUCAUUCAAUGGAUAUUUUAUGCCAGGCUCUGUGCUAGGAGCUGGGGAUACUGUACAAAACAAGGAGGACACAGUUUCUGCUCUCUCAUCAAGAUUUCAGUCCUAGUAGGAAGUGAGCAUUAAAUAAAUCAGCACUAGCACGCACACAUACACAUAUGUGAUUCCAAACUGUGCUUGUCUGUGAAGGAAAAUAACAGAUCUCUUUAAGGAGGAAUUAUGUUUAGAUUGCUUUGUGUGUUGCGGGGGGCGGGCAGGGGAAGGACAUAACUUUUAAGCUGAGACCUGAGGACUAGAAAAGAGUUAGCCAGUCAAGGACUUGAGAAAGAAUGAUCCAGGUAGAUGGAACAGCAUGGGAAGAAUACCUGAGAUGGGAAGGAGCUUGGUGUGCUGGAGAGCAGGCCAGUGCGGGGAGCUUAGUAAGGGAGAAGAUGAGGUGGGUGAGGGCCAAAUUUUGCAGGGCUUUGGUGGUAUAUGUUUUAUUGAUUUCAUUCUACAUACAGUGGGGAGCCAUUGAAGGCUUUUGAGGGAGGGAGUCACAGAGUCUCAGGUACAUUUCUACACGAUCAGAAUGCAGAUAGAUAGGGCCCAGUUGGGUGUAAGAGCAGUUAGGGAGACCCUUCAGUCCUCCAGGUGAGAGGUGAUGGUGGCCUGUGCUGGAUGGUGGCUGGGGUGGUGGUUAUGUGAAUGCCAGGCUCUAGGAUGAGAAGGGAUGACUCCCUGGCACCUCCCCCCUCCACCAUCAUCUUCUAUUGUGUUUUGCUCUCUCAGCAGACGUGAGUGAGGAUUGGGGCCUUCCUCACAGACUGGCCAGGCCUGGGCUAAGGGCCAGUGCUGACUUCUGGAAGUGUCCAUGGGAGUUGGGAGCCAAGAGUGCUCAGCCUGGCCAAAGUGGGAAAGCUCACAGCCUCCCAGUUCUUAGCAGAGGUGGCCUAUGCUGUCCCCUCCACCUUGUGCUGGGCAGGCUGAUGGAAGCUGGAGCACAGUGCUCUGGAAACUGACUUAGUCUGCUUUCUCUGGUGCCGCUAAGGGUCAGGGACUCAGGCUGGGUAUGGCUCAGCAACUCUAGUGGAAACUGUCUUGCCACAGGCUGAAGGAAGACCCACCAAGGGGACAGUGAUUAGAGCCCAGCCUGUUCACUCCCUGCUGAACCCCCAGCUGGAGCUCAGGGUUGGGUAGCUCCCACACCCUUGUCUGUCUAACUGCCAAGACUGAGAGGGAGGGAAGCCCAAGGCCAUAGGCCUGAGGGGCAUGGCUCACAUGCAAAAUGGUAUUUGUAGGAUCAGUGUCACUUACAUAGGAAAAGGGGGUCAGAGAGGCUGGAGAGAUGGCUCAGGCCAGAGAAACACCCUGACUUUGGAUGCUGUCUGUGCUGUGUAACGUAAGACCUCAUUGUCUUUAGAGAAGGGUUCUUGUGCCUUUGUAAGUUUGCUCAGCUGCUUUGGCCACUUGAACCACCAAAAAACAGGCCUAGAAGAGAAUACACCCUUUACCUCUUAAUUUUUCUUCUCCUGAAUUAAGAAAGAUCAGACGUAUUGAAUUAGCAGUCUAAUGGGAGUGGAUAGGUCUGCUGGUAAUCAGGCUAAUGCUCCAGCCUGGACUGGGACCAGCGAUAUGUGGUGUUGCUCUCAGCCAGGGCCCAGCCUGCAGGGUGAAUAUGAGAGGCUGGGCAGCUGGGUCUGCACAGACAGCAAGCUGCACUUUGAUUUCAUUUGAUUCCUUUACAAAAUGACAUUAAGGGAAUUGUGAGGCACAGGAGACUCGCCUGUCUGGGAAGGCAGCAAGCUUGUCUCUCCUGGAUCUGGUGACCUGCCUCUGUCCACCAGAUAGUUUCAGAGGACAGGAGCUCUGGCCACAAAGAAAUGCAGAAUCUGAAUGAAGUACCCAGUCCUGGGGAUAGGACUUUCUUCCCAGCUUGUCCUGACCAGCUGCUGAGUGGAGUAGAUGCUCACAUCAGGGUCCCAGGCCUGGCUGGCUGUUGGGGAAGCGGACAUCAGCUCCUGGUGGGCCCUGGGCUGGUCUGCUCCGUGACUGUGGUGAGACUCAGCGCCAUUGCUGCUUUGCCUCUCAAAUCAAUGAAGCAAUUAAUUUGGCUCCACGGGCUUGAAAAGAUGAAAUAUGACCUGGUGGCUACUACUCUUCAGCAUCCCAGUCCAUCCAAGCCGUCUAAGAUGAUGAACAAGCUAUCGAAAUUGCACUUGAGAGUCAUAAUCAUGGGAAACAUUGCCAAGCCCCUCCCUGCCACAUAAAUCACGCUAAGAAACACACAACGGCCUCUUUCCUGAUAGGCCAAUUGUCUUAGUUUGGUGUCUCGGCCCGGGAGAAGGGAGGAUGGAAGUGCAAGCAUUUAUUGUUGAAAAGGCCAUCUGUGCAAUUUUAAUACAACGCAAUCCUUUUAGUUCCUCACACACCCUCUAAUUCCAUGUUCAUGUUUUCUUAUGUCUCAGGCUCUGGGGCUUUUGAAACUCUCUGUCUUUCCUGUAAGCCAUCAUGCCUGGGUCUCUGCUGGCCUGGGUCUUUUGGCGCUUUGGGAGUUGUGAAAACAUGGACCUUUUGGAAAUAA